UCUAAAAAAAAACAUGUGUUUUUAAUUUGCUAAAGAAAAUUUCUAAAUUUGUAAAUUAUUUCCAAAUUAUCUGUUAAACCAAGACAAUGGCCAAUAACUCGAAUGUUAAGAAGAUAGUGCAAGUGUCCGAAGAAGCGGCGCCAGUUGUGCAGAUCCCCGUUUUGGUGGGCAAUGAACUCUUUGUGCUCACACAACAGGAUAUUCGGCGGGUGGAGGACACCCGCGUCUUCAGCUACAACCGAGUAGUCAACGGACAGCUCUGGCCUAUGGAAACACCUGUUCCAGUCAAUGAUGCAUUCAGCCACGGUGUCAUCCAGACGUCUCCGCAACAAGCUAACCACAAUUGCACUCUACAGGACCUGCUGCCGCCGAAACAUGCAACUUUCAACCUAAACAACAGUGAGGCAAAUCAUCUGGCUACGUCCAUGUACCAGGUUUUAUCUCGACCUCCGAAAACCGUGGCCAGCAUGGCCACCCAACUGGGCUGGAGCAAGCAUACUGAGGAACCGCGUCCAACCUUCAAACUCAAAUUAAACGCUGCCACCUCCACUGGUGGCCUGAUGACGAGCAUUGGCUGCCAGAACUGCUCUAUGGACAAAAAGCACGACACCAGCUGCCAGACCCUGACCACUGAUACUCGGAAUCAAACUCCCGAUUCCACACAAAAGUCAGCUAAAGCCCCAAAAAAGCCCUGUUCCCAAACAAAGGCGAAAACUGCCUGUAAAGCAUGCAACACCACAUCCAGUCAUGUAGUGUGGAAGUCCUCGUCGACGGAAUACUCUAGUGAGGAGGAAGAUGCCACGUCGGAAGGUGAUGAUGAACCUUCAAGAGGAUGUGGCUGUCGGCGCUGCAAGUCAAUACAAGCUAUCCCGGAGCGAAGAGGAACGAUUCAUCGCAGAUGCCCGGUGGAUGACCCCUGCCCAUUUCAGUCGACAAAUGCAGAUCUCUGCAGUCGAGAUGGACAGGGAUUCUACUCGAGGGGCAUCAUGAAAGCGAAUACCAAUCCUCGCAGCCAAAGUCACUCUCCAGCUUCUGAACCAAAGCCAUUUCCUUACGAACUAAAUCGUUACUACCAGGAGCUGCAGGACGAGCGUAGGCGGUCGGUGAGGAAAUCGGAGGAUGACUGUAACAUGACAGAUUCGUGUUAG